ACGCACCCAAGUGGGCCAUCGACUUUGACAGUAGCGCGGCAAGAUCGGCGGCGGCGUGGCAUUGCAGCGAUGGCAUCCUUUGAUGCAUACGAGCUCCUCUCCGCGUGCUUGCAUCUGAGUGCGUUCGCCGGCGCCGUCAUCCGCGACGUCGUGCGCUCGGGCCAAGACCUCGACAUGGUCAACAAGGCCGACGGGGCCAUCGUGCAUUUCGAUCCGCAGACGGUGGCCGACCGCCGGGCGCAGCAGCGCAUCGUCGAGUCGCUGCGCGCGCAUUUUGGCUCGACGCUGCAGAUUGUGGGUGAAGAAGGCGUGCUGGAGCCGCCGAUGCCCGAGGACGUCAUGACCCCGGAUACAACGCUCGUCGCUGGCUCAUACGCGGCGCUGGCAGCGGCCGACCUCAUUGUGUGGAUCGAUCCGCUCGAUGGUACGCGCAAGUUUACAGAGCAGGCGUACGACCAAGUCUCGGUGCUCAUUGGCCUCUCGCACAAGGGGCGGCCGCUCGUCGGCGUCAUGCACCUUCCAUUCGUGGGCAGCCUUGGCACGACUUACUACGGCGGUCCGCUCGUCCACGACGUCUUGGUCUGCCCAUUGCUCUCGCUCGAUGCCACGCAGUGGCAGUUUGCGUCCGUGCCACGCCCGUCGAUGCCGCCACACGUCCAGCGCUGGGGCAUCUCCGAGACGCGCUGUGCGUACAUUGACGCGCUUCUCGCGCCGGGCGAGGCGAGCGGCACGCAUGGCCGGUGGGAGAAGGGCGCGACGGGCAUCCUCAUCUUGGACGUGGUCCUCGGGCGCUGCGUCGCGUACGCCCGCUGGAUUCCGCGCACGAAGAAGUGGGACAUCUGCGUCGGCGAAGCCUUCUUGACCGCGUGGGGCGGGCAUGUCACCAACAUCUUUGGCACGCCGUACGACUAUGUCUUUGACGAUGCCAUGCACGGCAAUGCCCACGGUGUUCUUGCGACCCUCGAUGCGGCCUUCUUCAAAGAGACCACGUCGGCCGCCAUUGCGCUGCGCAACAUGAGCAUGAGCACCUAAAGGCUGCGUAACUCACAGCCUGUAUGCAUGGUUUGUUUCCUACUCAAAUGUAUGCGCCGACUGGAUA